AUGUUUUUCUGGUUGCAGUUGACGAAGGGACAAGGAAACGACUCGCUGAGAGUUCUCAGAGAUUCAUUAUUGGACUCCUCAUCUCUAGCUCUUUUCAUGAAUUUGAUUUCGCAGCAGUUGCUCAUCCUAUGCAAUGUGCACACCAUAACUAAAUAUCAAUGCAAUAUAUUACAAGCUUGUUCUAGCUCUAAGUACGUCGCUGAAGGUCUAGACACCAAUAUCCUCGUUCCAGUCUUGUGGUCUUUCCUUGAUAAACUUGGCCAUCAAGUCUUUGCACUCCUGGUUGUUGAGGUUCACCACCUCAAUUCCCAGCUUGCGAAUCCAGUCCUCGGCCCCCAUAAAAGUCUCGUUCUCUCCCACCACCACACGCUUGACUCCGUACAUAAUACAGGCGCCGGAGCACAUGGAACAUGGAGACAAAGUGGUGUACAUGGUGCAGUUUUUGUAAACGCUGCCCUUGAGACGACCAGCGUUUUCCAACGUCGAGAUCUCACCAUGCAAAGUGGCCGAGUCCUUCUGGAAACGCAAGUUGUGGCCACGGCCGAGAACAGUGCCGUCUUCACUGAUCAAGGCUCCACCAAUAGGAACUCCGCCUUCUUCGUAUCCUGGUCUUAG